AUGAGUGACUGCGAAAGCUUCAUCUCCAUCGACAACAACAACAACAACAACGAUGAGACGGCUGCAAGCGAAGGAAAGCAACCGAUGAACCUGGACAAAUUUUUGGACUACGACAUGGACUUUAUCAAUGAGGUGGACAGACACAAGUACGUAGGAGCAGACAUAACACAGAGGUAUGAUUACUUUGACAUAAAAAAUGAGCAGGUGUCACUUCUCCACGGGGAUAAUGUCAAGUACAGCAACAUGGCUCUAGGCAAUCGAAAAAAAGAACAGGUGAAUACGUUCAUGAAAAUAAAAAAAGAAUUGUACACUAUUGCGUAUAAGAAUUAUAUGUACAAAAUGGGGGAAUCGGUGGGCACGGAAAAAAGGACCCUGGGGGAGGACGUCGACAGUGCAGGGGAGACAGCUGUGGGGGCCACAGCUCUAGGGGGAAUAGCUGCUUUCCUCAGUGAUGGCAGCACAAAAGGGAAGGAAAAAGGGAAAAAGACAUACGACCUGCUGAACAAUGAGUUCGGAGUUGUUGACAUAACCAUUUUGCGAUUUUUGGACACGUACGAUUAUAAUUUGCUAAAAACUUCGAAUAAAAUUAUAAAAUUUAUUUUGUGGAGACAAAUGACCAUUUCGAUUUUUAACAAAAGUCAGUGGAAGAUAAAGAGGGGCACCAGCUCGAUGGAACAGGGGAAGGAGGAGGCCAUGGCUGCUAUGGCGACUGCAACAGGGACUGCCUCAGAGAUUGCAUCGGCAACUGCAUCGGGGACUGCAUGGGGGACUGCCUCAGGGACUGCCUCAGCGACGGCGACCAAGUGCAGCGCCAAUCCGCUGAGCUCCACGGGGGACCGAGACAACGCCUUCAUCAACCCGGUGCACAUUAAGGACAUUUUAAUGAAGACCAAUAUCUUCAGGUGCGGCUGUGACAAAAAAUCGAGACCCAUGCUUUAUAUAAAAAUACAAGAAAAAUUAAACAUGCAGGAGGACGAACUAUUCCUGCUGCUCGUUUAUCAUGUCGACAUGUGCAUGAACAGCAUUGACUACUCAAAGUGUUACGAAGAAAAAGGAAAAACAAAUGCUGGGAAUGGCAACACGGAGGGGGAAGCCCAAUUCGACGAGUCAAUUUUGCAGCUAGUCAUCAUUGUGGACUGCCAAAAAUUUGAAUUAAAUAAUAUGAUCAGCGUUGAUUGCAUUAAAAAAAUUAUUAACAUUUUUAACGAAUUUUACACAGAUGUUCUGUACAGAAUUUAUAUUAUAAAUGUCCCCACCUUUUUUAAAAAAGUUUGGUCCCUUUUUAAUAUGUUUAUCGAUAAUCACACAUUGAAGAAAAUUAUUUUUAUAAAUAAAAAAAACAUCAGCUUGAUGUACGACCAUAUCGAUGCACACGUCAUGAAGCAUUUCGAUAAAAACGUCGACAAAGACAGAGCCCCUUCGGACGACUCCUCCAUUUUCUUCCCUUCCACAUCCCUGUACUAUAAGUACGACGAAAUGUACUAUAAGAAGCUCGUUGGUUACGUGGACACCUGGGUAGGAAAGAUGGUCCAGGCGAACCACUGA